AGCACCGCGUCUCCGGGAGCGCACAGCGCUCGCCGCCGCCGCCCCGCCCGCCGGGAGCCGCGGGGCCAGCGAGAGCGGAGGAGCAGGUGCUCGAAGCCUAGCCGCGCCAGCAUCGCGCGGCCGCUGCCCAAGUUCGCCCGGGGCCCGAGGAGGGCUGGGCAACCGGGAGAGGAGCGCAACCGGCGCCGCCGCCACCGCGGACUUGGAGUCUCGAGAGGAGUAGGGAGCGUGGAGCAACGAGUCCGGGUCACCCCCGAGAGAUAUAGCUGGGGCUCCGCAGUCCCCAGCUCCUGGCGCCGCUGGGGCAAGGAGAAAAAGAGGCAGGGGACAGCGAGGCCGGGCUUUUUUGGAGACUCGAGGCACCCCGGAGAGCCGGUGGGAGAAGCGACACUUUCGUCUGGCCAGCAGCCUUGAAGGGGUCCAGCAGCCCGCAGCCUCCGGCAGGACGCUUUAAGAAGCCCCCAGCCCCAGGCGAGAGCGGGCACAUCGCAACGCAGAGCUCAGGCGCGGGACUUGGGGGCGCCUUAGUCGGUUUCGGCCGAGCGCAGCCCGAGGAGCAGUGAGAAGGGUCCUGGAGGGAAAGGAAAGAGGGCAGCAGCCAGCAGGGCGACCACUCACCCCGGUACACACCCACCCCACCCGCCAAGCCAGGAGCCGCGGUGCGCCUCUGGGGGCGCUCGUUCCCUGGCGCCUUCUCUCGCGUGUCCCAGCUCCGCUGGGCGACGGGCCGGGCUGGUGGGGUCCUUGGGGAUGUCCAAAUCAGGCAUGGUGGUCGAGUGGCUGCUCUCCCAGGACCAGCGUAAAAGCUGGGGUUAGGCAGAGCAGAGGGGACUCAGCUCAGGGUCCCCCGAGGUACAUACAGGACGAGGAGAGGAGGGCGCAGCGCCCAGGGACUGGAGAGGCGGCGCCCACUGGGGCCCCUUCAGAGGUAGUGGCCGGCGUCGGGCAGCCUCCAGGAAGACCAGGGGCCAGGAGAGCCUGGGAGGCACCCGGGAGAGGCCAGUGCCAGGGGCGGCGGGCCGAGGCGGCGCUCAGUCCCGGGCGGGCGCCCGCGGAGGCGGCGGUGGCGGCGCCGGGCGGGCAUGCCGCGCCACCGGAGCUCCUUUCGGGCGCACGCUUCCCUGGCGCGGGCUGCGCGCUGCUGCUGCUGUUGCUGCUUCCACUGCUGCUGCGAACUCCCAUGGCGGCUCCGCCCGGCCGGGGCCGCCGCCGCUGCCGCCAGCCGCGGGCUGAAUGAAUGAGCCGGAGCGGCGGAGCCGGGCUGCCCGCGGCCGCGCUCACUGGCCCGGGACGCUUCCGCAUGGCCCGCGAGGAGCCGGCGCCGGCGGCGGUGGCGGCAGCAGGGCAGCCCGGGAGUGGAAGGGGCGGCGAGCGCGAGCGGGCGCUGCAAGGGCCAGGGGUCGCCCGCAGGGGGCGGCCGUCUCUGAGCCGCGCUAAACUGCACGGGCUGCGGCACAUGUGCGCCGGGCGCACGGCGGCGGGGGGCUCCUUCCAGCGGCGGGCGCUGUGGGUGUUGGCCUUCUGCACGUCCCUCGGCUUGCUGCUGUCCUGGUCCUCAAACCGCCUGCUCUACUGGCUCAGCUUCCCGUCGCACACGCGGGUUCACCGCGAGUGGAGCCGCCAGUUGCCCUUCCCCGCCGUCACCGUGUGCAACAACAACCCGCUGCGCUUCCCGCGCCUCUCCAAGGGGGACCUCUACUACGCCGGCCACUGGCUCGGGCUGCUGCUGCCCAACCGCACCGCGCGCCCGCUGGUCAGCGAGCUGCUGCGGGGCGACGAGCCGCGCCGCCAGUGGUUCCGCAAGCUGGCCGACUUCCGCCUCUUCCUGCCGCCGCGCCACUUCGAGGGCAUCAGCGCCUCCUUCAUGGACCGCCUGGGCCACCAGCUCGAGGACAUGCUGCUCUCCUGCAAGUACCGCGGCGAGCUCUGCGGCCCGCACAACUUCUCCUCUGUGUUUACAAAAUAUGGGAAGUGUUACAUGUUUAACUCAGGCGAGGACGGCAAACCUCUGCUCACCACAGUUAAGGGGGGGACAGGCAACGGGCUGGAGAUCAUGCUGGACAUUCAGCAGGAUGAGUACCUGCCCAUCUGGGGAGAGACAGAGGAAACGACGUUUGAAGCAGGAGUGAAAGUUCAGAUCCACAGUCAGUCCGAGCCACCUUUCAUCCAAGAGCUGGGCUUUGGGGUGGCUCCAGGGUUCCAGACUUUCGUGGCCACACAGGAGCAGAGGCUCACAUACCUGCCCCCGCCGUGGGGGGAGUGCCGGUCCUCAGAGAUGGGCCUCGACUUCUUCCCUGUUUACAGCAUCACCGCCUGUAGGAUUGACUGUGAGACCCGCUACAUUGUGGAGAACUGCAAUUGCCGCAUGGUUCACAUGCCAGGGGAUGCCCCGUUCUGUACCCCUGAGCAGCACAAGGAGUGUGCAGAGCCUGCGCUAGGUCUGCUGGCGGAGAAGGACAGUAAUUACUGUCUCUGCAGGACACCCUGCAACCUGACCCGCUACAACAAAGAGCUCUCCAUGGUGAAGAUUCCCAGCAAGACGUCGGCCAAGUACCUCGAGAAGAAGUUUAACAAAUCAGAGAAAUAUAUCUCAGAGAACAUCCUGGUUCUGGAUAUAUUUUUUGAAGCUCUCAAUUAUGAGACAAUUGAGCAGAAGAAGGCGUAUGAAGUUGCUGCCUUACUUGGUGAUAUUGGUGGUCAGAUGGGACUAUUUAUUGGUGCUAGUAUCCUUACAAUACUAGAGCUCUUUGAUUAUAUUUAUGAGCUGAUCAAAGAGAAGCUAUUAGACCUGCUUGGCAAAGAAGAGGACGAAGGGAGCCACGAUGAGAAUGUGAGCACUUGUGACACGAUGCCAAACCACUCUGAAACCAUCAGCCACACUGUGAAUGUGCCCCUGCAGACGGCCCUGGGGACCUUGGAGGAAAUUGCCUGCUGACAGCCCCCGGACCACCCGGCACCCCCAAAACAGACCUUGAGGCUCAAGACCCAGGACAGGGGACCGCAGGCUCAGGUGGAAUGGCCCCUGGCAACGGAAAGAAGCAAGAGCCCCCUAUGCACACAUAGCAAACUAUCUGCCAAACCUCGCUCCGGCCGCGGCUGACAUGACGCGUCCUCGGGCCCCGCCGUGCGUCCCUCCGAGGAGAAACUAGUCACACUCUGGAACUGUCCAAAAACCAACCUGCCAUCACAUCUCACUGCCAGAUGUAUAAAGCACCUGCAUGCCCAGACUUCUCACGGCGCCACCUCCACGUCUGUCUCUGUAUGUGACACUCCUCUGUGUGGCGUCCAGCAGCCACUCUGCAGCCAUGCAGUGGACCGGGUUCCAGCCCAAAGUCACCCUGAGGCCACGCUGGAACCACAACUGCCCGGUCUAGAGGGAAACCGCAGACCUCUUGACGACGUCCGGUCCUUGUGUAGUCUGUGAAGGUUCUCAACCUGCCCACAAACCCCUUUCCCCGCAGCUGACCCAAGGGGUGACCAGGGCCACCCCCCGCCCAUCCCAGCGCCUGUGAUCGAGGCAUGGUGGCUUGGGUGACUCCGGGACUCCUCCGCAGCGCCCCCGUCAUUCUGCUCUCCCUGUGACACGGCUUGUACAGUCUGAUUCUCUUUCUUUGGGGCUUUUUGGUUUGUCUGUCAGAAAUCGGUUCUGUUUUAUUCUGUUUUCUGAUUUUUGGUUUCGAUGUUCUGAGGUUUGGUUCAGUUCGGUUUUUCCAUUUUCUCUGGCGUUUAUUUAUUUGUGCUUCCAAUCACAGUCAUAUUAAAAGCUGGUCUUGUGGAAAUGGCUGUGUCCCUUCUGCAUUUUCCCCACACUCAGGUCUCCCUCCCCGUGGGCUUGGGAAAGGGCCAGACCGGCCCGGUCCAAAACCACAGAUUUUA